AUGGAUCAAUUACCAUAAUUUGCAGGAGAUGAUAGUUAGAUAACAUAUUUAUAUGCAUGGGGAAGAAAUAAAGAUGGAGAAUUAUCAAUAGUAAUAGAUAUAAAGAAUAACAUAUUAUAGGGUAAUUAAAAGAAAUGUAAUGCACCUAAAGCAGUACAAGGUUUAAAGAAUUAAAUGGUAUAAUUAAUAAGUUCAGGUUCUAAUCAUUCAGGAAUAGUUACAUCAGAUGGAUAAUUAUUUAUUUGUGGUUCUGCAUUGCAUGGUUUUUAAUUCAAAUUUAAAUAAUAAUUUAGGUAAACUGGGUUUUGAAGAUGCAAAUUAACCAUCUUAUCCGAAAUUCUUACUUGUAUAAGCAAUGAAAGGAUUGUUUGUGACAUAAGUAGCAACAGGAGAUUAUCAUACAUUAUGUUUAUUAGAUAAUGGAUAGGUAUAUGCAUGGGGAGGAACAUUACAUAAGAAAUUAGGAUCUAAAGCAGGUAAACCAACAAGAAUUGAAACAUUGAAAAAAUCCAUAGUAUAAAUAGGUUGUGGUGAUUUUCAUAGUGCAGCAUUAAGUACAAAUGGAGAUUUAUAUACAUGGGGAGGAGGAGGAAGAGAUUAUAAUAGAGGUUAAUUAGGUCAUGGACAUUUAAAUGAUGUUGAAACACCAUCAAUUGUUAAAGAUAAUAUAAUUAAGUUUAGUUGUGGUGGUUAUCAUAUGAUGGCUAUAGAUAAAGAUGGAGAAUUAUGGUCUUGGGGUUCUGGAAUGUAUGGAGAAACUGGUUAAGGUGAAUUUUAAGAUAGUUUAUUACCCAAAAAAGUUAAAAUCAAUUUUAAUUAAAAACAUAUUAUUAUUGAUGAUUUUUAUGUUUAAAAUAAAUAAGGUAUUUAAUAUAUUCUAUAUAUGUUAGAAUCUACUAUUAAAGAAAUUAGUUUAGGAGGACAUCAUAGUUUAUUAUUAUCUAAUAAAGGAAUUGUUUAUGCUUGUGGAUAUGCUUAACAUGGACAAUUAGGAAUUAAAGCUACUGAAAAUUAAAAUAAAUUUUAAUUAGUUAUAGGAUUAUCUGGAAAAACUAUUGUUUAAAUUGCUGCUGGUUGGAAUCAUUCUAUUGUAUUAACUAGUCAUUCUGAUGUCUAUACUUGUGGACAUAAUCAAGCAGGAUAACUUGGAGUUGCGGAUUAUGAAAGUAGAACAUAAUAUACAAGAAUCAAUUUUUUAGAAUAAAGAAGAAUUAAAUAAUUAUUUGCUGGUGGUAAUCAUUCAUGGGCAUUAAUUGAUUAUAAUCAACCUAAAAUUGAUGAUUAUUCUCCACCUUCACCACUUAAUGAAGAAGCUAAAAUUGAAAACUUUACUUAACCACUUGAUCAAGGUUUAUAAGAUUUAGAAAUUGUUAUCACAGAAGUUAAAAUGCAUCAUAGAUUUGUUAAAAUUUAAGUUCCAAAUCAAUUCUAAAAUACUAUUCAAGCAAAAAUAAAUGAUUAUUUGAAUUUUAUGCAAAAAGAUCCUAAUACUAAAUUAAGUAAAUUUUAAAAUGAUUCUCUUGCUUUAGGAGUUAAAGAAGAUAAUAAUAAGUAUUUUUAAUUAAAAUAAUUAAUUUAGAUUAUCUUAUACAAUAAUGAUGAUUAUGGAUUUAUCUUAAUACAAAAUGCCAUUUGAGGAUUUAGAUGAAGGAAAAGUGAAUCAAAUUGGAAAACAGUUUAUAGUAAAAAGAAGUACAUUCAAUAAAAAUCCAAUUUAUGAUUGGAUUAUAUAAGCCGAAAAGAUUAUGAAUAUUCCAGGAAUAUCAAUUAAAUUUUUAGAGCUUAGACCUUUAUAAUGAAUGAUUCUAC